AUGACCUCAACGCCCACCCCAGCCGAGGCGCCUGGGGCAUCCCACCCCUCAGAGCAUUCUCGAGCCAACGAACCCGCCUCACCCACAGAACCUCACCCACACAACCCCCCUGAUAAAGAGCACAGACACUCAAGUCACAGCCGCGCAUUCCGAUUUAAAGAUGGCAGUCGUCCGCAUCGCAAGCGUACCCACCGCCACCGAUCGCGCACGCGCGACAGUGAACCAUCUAAGCGGCGACAUCGCGAAGAGAAGCAACCGGAAUCCACACAUGAAGACCCUUUCGGUUCCACUAGAGACACAUUUCGAGAAUCUCUCUUCGAUGCGCUUGGCGACGACGAAGGAGCUGCGUACUGGGAAUCCGUCUACGGGCAACCCAUCCACAAUUACCGCGUACCGGAGGUACAGCGGGGUCCGGAGGGCGAGCUUGAACAGAUGACGGAGGAGGAGUACGUAAACUACGUUCGUCAGCGAAUGUGGGAACGGACGCGAGAAGGCAUGCUGGCAGAGCAGGAACGGCUGCGUGCUGAACGGCAGCAGAAGAGGAAGGAAGAGGCUCAGAGGAAUGCGCAGGCUGGGCGGGAGGAGUUUGAACGUGCCAUGGACGACAGUUUACGGCGAGGCGCGGAGCGCAAGCGAGCUAAGGUUGGAUGGAGUGGACCUUGGACUGCGUAUCUGAAGAGCUGGGAGACUAUUGGAAAGGCUGCGGAGGGAUCUGCCCCCAAGCCACUGCGCAAUCUGCUCUUCUGGCCUGUUCGCUCUGGGAAGAGGGCUGAUAUCAACCCCCAGGCUGUUGAAGAGUUCAUGCGCCAUGCCCCGGCGCCGGCGGAGUUACUUGGUACGCUGAAGGCUGAGCGCAUUCGCUGGCAUCCUGAUAAGAUCCAGCAUCGCUAUGGAGCAUUGGGCAUUGACGAUGUUGUUAUGCGCAGCGUGACGGAGGUCUUUCAGAUUGUGGACCGGAUGUGGAAUGAGGAGAGAGAGCGACGGAAGUGA